CUCUCGCCCGCUGUGUGUGUGGGUUCUCGUUGCUUUCGUCAUCAAAAGAAACUUAUGAAAUUGAUACUGAAAGUCAGUCCAUGAUUGAAAUGCACGGAAGUUUCCACUUGUCGUUUCAAUUAGACAAGUGUAAGGGUAACCGAACUAGCCAAGGUAGCGCCUAACGUCGACAGAGACCCGAGACCCGAGACCGGAGUCAACAACGUUGCCAUUAUUGUUAAUUGUGAGCCAUUAAUUGAUUGGCGGCGUGCGAGCUAAGUAAGACAAUAAAUAAUACAAAAAACCGUACAAACCGUAGCCCCCAUAGAAGAUUCGCACAUUUGAAGGCUCGGCCGAAAUAGGGAGACAAAACGCGUAUUAAACUUCUCUCCCUUGAAUACACACGCCGCCAUGAAGCAACUGGAGGAACCACAGCAGACACAGCCACAGCAGGAUGAGAAACUUUUAUCAUCUGGCUAUCAAAUUGGCAUCGUCUGCAAGGAUAUGGAUAAGACAGAGAAAUUUGAGAAACCAGCCAAACCACUGGGCGAAAGUCGUUUGGCUGUCCUGCGGCAAGAGUUAAUGGUAUUUUUUGGCAAUUUGGGUGUCCUUGGUGCUGGCAUGGUUGUUAGCAUGCCAUCGGUUACCCUCUCCCAGCUGCACGAUGAAACGCAACCCUUUUGGCUUAAUAAAGAGGAAUCCAGUUGGUAUGCUUCUGUUAAUAAUAUUGCCUGUCCGAUUGGCGGAUUAUUGGUUAGUUUUUUCAUGGAUCGUAUUGGACGCAAACACACAAUUCUAUUGACCAAUAUCUUGGGUCUUUUGGGUUGGAUUCUAUUGGCCACAUGUUUUCUGCACACGGAUCGGGAUCAUGUCUAUGCCCAGAUGCUGAUAGGACGGGCCAUGGGUGGCAUUAUGAUUGGCAUGUUUGUGUCCCCGGUGGGUGUAUAUUCAGCCGAGAUUAGUUUGCCAAGGAUACGAGGACGUCUGAUAUUGGGCACAUCGUUAGCCCUGGCAUCGGGCAUAUUGUUAAUGUAUAUUUUGGGCUAUUUCAUACGCAGCAACAUUAUACUCAUCUGCUGCAUCUGUAUAUGCUGUCAAGUCACGGCCAUUCUAUUGGUAUUCCCCAUGCCGGAGUCACCAAGUUGGUUGCUUCAGAAGGGACGCGACGAGAAGGCACGCAAAUCGUUGAGAUAUUUCCGUGGCUUGUCGACAAAAGAGAAUGAUUAUGUGCCCGAAUUCGAGGCAGAAUUGGCCCACAUGAAGGAAUUGGCCGAGAAUGCCAAUAAUACGGCAGCCAGCGAAUCCUUCAGCCAGAUCAUACGACGCCCCGAAGUCUAUAAGCCUGUGAUCAUGUUGACUGUCUUCUUUGCCUUCCAGCAGAUCUGCGGUGUGGUUGUGAUCAUUGUAUAUGCCGUCCAAAUAGCCCAACGUGCCGGAGUGGCCAUUGAUCCGGUGCUGGUGGCCGUUAUGCUGGGCGUGGCUCGGAUUGUGACGACCUGUUUCAUGAGCAGCAUUUUCGAGAAAUGGGGUCGACGGCCAUCGGGCAUGUUCUCUGCCUCCGGCAUGGCCAUCUGUAUGCUCCUCCUUGCCGCUGGCGGCUGGUGGCCCAACACAAUUGGCACCAUGUCCUGGCUACCUGUGAUAUGCAUUGUGGCGCACAUUAUUUUCUCCACCAUGGGCAUGCUGACGCUGCCCUUCUUCAUGAUCUCCGAAGUCUUUCCGCAACGGGCCCGCGGCAGUGCCUCCGGCAUUGCCGUGUUCCUUGGCAUGCUCACGGCCUUUGUGAUGCUGAAAAUCUAUCCCAAUAUGGACGCCCUAUUGGGUACAUCCAAUCUGUUUGCCUUCUAUGCCGGCGUCUCGUUUGGAGCGGCGGUGUUCAUCUAUCUCUGUGUGCCAGAGACGCGUGGACGAACGCUUGAGGAGUUGGAGGAGCACUGGAGGACGGGCAAAUUUGCUCGCCGGGCAACUGUGAACAAUCUAAAGGAUGUGGAGCUGCAUGAGGUAUUUCUCAAGAAAUAGGAGAGAGAUUCUAAUUCAAUUUCCACCAUUGUAUACGGUGAGAAAUGCAAUCUGUGAUGUGAUUAAUUGAGUACUUAGCCUUUGGCCAAAAAAACCCAAAAAUGGAAUAUGGCAUAAACAAACCAACAACAACCUAAAG